AUGACAUCGUACAGACCAACCUUCAACAAUAGCGAGUUGCUAAGAGACGCUGCGUAUGUGAACGGACAAUGGGUUAAAAAAACCGACAAGUUUUUCGAAGUGACGGACCCUGCAAACGGAGAAACCAUCGCCAAAUUGCCAGAACAAGACGUGGCGAUCGUGGACGAAGCUAUCGAUGCUGCUUACGAGGCUUUCAAAACGUUCAAAAACACUUCUGGCAGACAAAGAGCCACAUGGCUCAGAAACCUGUACAAUCUGAUGAUUGAAAAUAUGGAAGAUUUGGGGAAACUGCUCAGCUGGGAAAACGGUAAGCCUUUGGCCGAGGGGAUUGGAGAGGUCAAAUAUGCUGCGUCCUUUUUUGAAUGGUUCGCCGAAGAGGCUCCUCGUAUCUACGGCACAGCCAUCAACCCGGGCAUUACAUCUAACAGAGCUUUCACUCGUCGUGAGCCUGUUGGUGUGUGCGGUAUUAUCACUCCCUGGAAUUUCCCCAGCGCCAUGAUCACCAGAAAGGCUGCUGCUGCUAUCGCUGCCGGUUGCACCGUUGUUUUGAAACCCGACUCUCAAACCCCAUUGUCUGCCCUUGCGCUAGCCUACUUGGCUGAAAAGGCAGGCAUCCCAGCUGGUGUCUUCAACAUUGUAUUGACGCACAAGGACACCCCGGCAUUCGGUUUGAAAUUGUGUGAAUCGCCAAAGGUUAAAAAAGUAUCUUUCACGGGCUCUACCAAUGUGGGCAAGAUCUUGAUGAAACAGUCUGCAUCUACCCUCAAAAAAUUGUCGUUUGAACUCGGUGGUAACGCCCCGCUUAUUAUUUUCGACGAUGCUGAUCUUGACAAAGCCGUGGAACAGGCCAUUGCUUCGAAAUUCAGAGGUCUGGGUCAAACCUGCGUUUGUGCCAACAGGCUCUACGCACACGAAAGUGUUAUUGACGAAUUUUCGUCGAGACUGGCCUCUCAUGUGAAUAAAUUCGUUAUUGGACACGGACUCAAAGACGGCGUAACGCACGGGCCCAUGAUCAAUCCAAAAGCGAUUGAAAAAGUUGAAGCACACGUCAAAGAUGCCGUUGAGAAGGGAGCUAAGGUGGUUGUUGAGGGUGGUCGUAGACCAGAUCUGGGACCUGCGUUCUAUGCUCCUACCGUUCUGACCCGGGUUCCUCAGAACGCUGACGUGAGUUCCCAGGAGACUUUUGGACCUCUAUGUGCGAUCAUUCCCUUCAGCACCACUGAAGAGGUUGUCAAGUACGCCAACGAUAGCGAUGUCGGCCUAGCAGCUUAUGUGUUCACCCAAAACGUUGACACCGUUUUCACAGUUUCUGAGGCUCUUGAGACUGGUAUGGUUUCAGUCAACACAGGAGUGUUCAGUGAUUGCACGGUACCUUUCGGAGGUGUCAAAGAAUCGGGUUUCGGCAGAGAGGGUUCUCUGCACGGGCUAGAGGACUACACUGUCAUCAAAACUACUGUCAUUGGUGGGUUGCCCAACCGUUUGUGA